ACAACCAAAAAUUAGUGAUCCUCACGUUAACAUACUUAACACGGGUGACGCCGUAAGGGAUCCUCUGCCAAAAAUUUAUGUAACUGCUAAUUUCAUAAUAAUUCUGACCAUGGCGAGCCUCUGUCGUGUUUCACCCGUCACUCGUCUAACCAAUGUUGUGAACAGCCUGUGUCCAACAACUCUGGUCUCCAUUAGAAACAAUACAACAGAAGCCAAGAAACCAGAAAAGACAAAGUUUGGUCCUUUACAUGACGAUGACAGAAUCUUUCAGAAUAUUUAUGGCCGUCAUGACUUCAAACUUAAAGCAUCUAUGCAGAGGGGUGUGUGGUACAAAACAAAAGAGAUUGUGGAGAAAGGUGCUGACUGGAUCCUGAAAGAAAUUGUCACAUCUGGUCUGAGGGGCCGAGGUGGGGCAGGCUUUCCAACUGGCAUGAAAUGGGGCUUCAUGAAUAAACCUAGUGAUGGAAGGCCGAAGUACUUGUGUGUGAAUGCUGAUGAAAGUGAACCAGGAACUUGUAAGGACAGGGAAAUUAUGAGGCAUGACCCACACACUUUACUGGAGGGAUGUUUAGUGGCUGGGGCUGCCAUGGGGGCUAGAGCUGCAUAUAUCUAUAUUAGAGGAGAAUUCUAUAAUGAGGCAUCCACUUUACAGAUUGCAGUGAAAGAGGCCUAUGACAAUGGUUUGAUAGGAAAAAAUGCCUGUGGGACUGGGUAUGACUUUGACAUUUAUGUUCAUCGUGGAGCUGGUGCCUACAUCUGUGGAGAAGAAACAGCCUUAAUAGAAUCUCUAGAAGGAAAGCAAGGAAAACCGAGACUUAAGCCACCAUUUCCUGCUGAAGUUGGACUGUUUGGUUGUCCGUCUACUGUUGCAAAUGUUGAAACAGUGGCUGUGGCUCCAGCUAUAUGUAGAAGGGGAGGAGACUGGUUUGCUUCAUUUGGACGUGAAAGAAACAGAGGAACAAAGUUGUUCAAUAUAUCUGGACAAGUAAACAACCCAUGUACUGUAGAGGAGGAGAUGUCUAUUCCACUACGAGAGCUGAUAGAGCGCCAUUCUGGUGGUGUUAUCGGAGGCUGGGAUAAUCUGUUAGCCGUUAUCCCUGGAGGAUCCUCAACACCUCUUAUACCUAAAUCUGUAUGUGAUGAUGUAUUAAUGGAUUUUGAUGCCCUGAUUGAAGCUCAGACUGGUUUAGGAACAGCUGCUAUCACUGUUAUCAACAAACAGUCGGAUGUUAUCAGAUCUAUAGCAAGACUGGCUCAUUUUUACAAACAUGAAAGCUGUGGACAGUGUACUCCAUGUAGAGAAGGCUGUAACUGGAUGUUAACAAUGAUGAAUAGAUUUGUUGAGGGAAAUGGGCGAACAGAUGAAAUUGACAUGUUGUGGGAAAUCAGCAAACAGAUUGAAGGCCACACAAUUUGUGCUCUUGGAGAUGGUGCCGCAUGGCCAGUACAGGGCUUAAUACGUCAUUUCCGGCCAGAGAUUGAAGAAAGGAUGGCAAUGUACCAGAAAAAACACGCCACCGCUUGAAUCCCAUUUAUCAACAAUAAUAGAUAAACUUUCCAAUCAUACACAUUUCUUUGUGUGUGAGUAUUAAUUGAAGUUUAAAGAUUAAAGGAAUUUAAAUGCGUGAGGAAUAGUUUAUAAAGUGAAAAGAGCAUUUUGUUCAAGGAUGUUUGAAGAACUUGUGCUCUGUAUACAAUAGGAAUGACAAAUAAUUCUUCUUUGGUUUGAAUAACUCUUGUUUCGUGGAAUUAUUAAGUUUGCACACAAUCUUGUUUUUUGUUUAUUGGGUUUCAUCAUGAAAUUUAAAGCCUGGCAAAAUAUAUAUUACACUGACAGUUAAUAUGAAAAGUGUUAAGAAUUGUAAAAAACUGAUUUAUUUGCGAUAAUGCAAAUGUUUGGGAGUAUUUUUAGAAUUGAUAUAAAAAUACGUAUUUUGUUGUUUUUUAAAAAGAACUGAAUGAAAAAAAUAUAAAUAAAAAUUGCAAUGUUAA